GUAUGCUUGCAUUACAGCAUUCUCACUUAUGCCUCGACCACGACCGCUAGCUAAACAAAAUGGUGAACGAUUUGAAAAACAAAACCGUCGUGAUCACCGGGGGGGCCCAGGGCAUCGGGCUGGCAACUGCCGACAAGUAUCUGGCCAAAGGCGCCAAAGUGUGUAUCCUAGUUGACAUUGACGCCAAGCAUGGGGCCACCGCAGUUAACGACCUCAACGGCAAAUACGGAAAUAACCGAGCCGAGUUCAUCAAGUGCGACGUCACCGCCGACCUUGAAGCAGUUUCAAGCAAAAUCUUCAACAAAUACAAGACUGUCGACGUCCUCAUCAACAAUGCUGGGAUCCUCAACGAGCACAACCUGAGGAAAACUAUUGAAAUCAACGUCACAGCGCUGAUGGAGUGGUCAGUGAAGUUCUUCGACCACAUGAGAAAGGACAACGGUGGGAAGGGAGGCACCAUCAUCAACUUGGCGUCCAUCUACGGCUUCAGAGUCGACCCGUUCCUGCCUAUUUACCAGGGGUCCAAGUUUGCAGUGAUGGGCUACACGCGCAGUCUUGGCCACAAGUACCGGUGUGAGCGCUACGGCGUGAGAGUGGUGGCCGUGUGUCCAGGGUUCACGGAUACCAUCUUGACCACCGGCGUGAAGGUGAGGGAAGACCAGAUAAUGCAAAAGGAUUUCGAGAAGAUGCUGGAGGCGACCCCUUGGCAGCAGGUGGAGGACGUGGCCAGGGCAGCGGUGGAUGUCUACGAAAAGGCUGAAAGUGGAACUGCUUGGCUCAUUGAAGGAUCCAAACCCAUUGUUGAAGUUUGAUCGUUUAUUUUCUACGGAAAAUUCAUCUUCGCCUUUCAAGCAUUUCCAAAUAUCUACAUAGUUUAUGAUAACUUAGGUAAUUAUUUGUUUCAAAUCUAUAGGUUUAAAUUAUAAAUGGUUAAUUA